ACCAAAACAACCAAACCGAGUUCAAGCGCUCGUCACUCCUCACGCAAGGACUUAAUUUUCUCUUGCGGUCUAGAGAGCCACUUUCGACUUAAAAUGAUUUCUUGUCAUAACUUUAGUAUUGUCUCCUUCUACAUCUUGGCAGCUUUUCUCAAUGUCUUAUGUUUGUGUCUUAGUUGUCGGARAAACAACUGGCAAAGACAAAACAGCGUCAAGUUUCUUAUGGUUACCCAAUAUUUGUUUGCUCUCAUUGUUAUAGCGUGUAGUUUUGCUCUUGAAUUUGCAAWUUUGUUGCCUCAGAGUUGUCGCAUUUUACUUCCCACGACCAUGGUUUACAUGUUAUCAUUCGCCUGGUCCAACCUUGCUGUUUUGUUGGUCGUAAAGCAUGCUGAAUUGACAAUAACAUGGAGGCUUCGCUUCCAGACGGCCUUACUGAUAAUCAUUACAGAAAUAAUCGUGUGCACAGCACUACAGUUUCCAAUUUUAUACUCUUCAAGAAAAGGGUUCCCGAUUGCCGUUUACGACGACGGUGUUUGCCAAAAACGCCAUAAUCAAACGACAGCCAACAAGGAACAAGUGCCAUUGGAUAUGAAGAUUAAUGUUAUCUCAUAUAGCUUCUGGUACAUCUUCGUGCAUUUCGGAAUCGUUGGUACCCUCAUCGUCAACCGAUUUAUCGCAAUUUUGAUGCGCGUAUGGUUCAAAGAAGCAGACGACGACCGAAACUCGGGACAACGAAGUUGUUACAUUACGACACAAAAUGUGAUGAAUGCUCUGUGCAUCAUUCUCGUCAACGUUUUUUUCAUGUUAUUGUCCGUCCGCUUAGAGAACAACGAAGAAACUUUGAACUUCUUGAACAAACUCUUCCAUGCAAUGCUCUCGUUUUCUGUUGCUGUCCUCUGCAUCCCCGCUCGCUACUUGUGGUAUGACUUAGACACGGGAAGAAGUUUUCUCGAUCUGGAUGAGAACACAGGACUCAUAAGCAACAAAGAUGAAGACAUGAUAAUMGCUUGAACCUAUACAACUUCCUGAAGUGUUCACUCCAUGGUGGUAAAACUAAUGGUCCUGCAUUUCAAAACAGCAACGUACAACAAAAUUGCACCAGAUAGAACUAGAAACUUUGAAAACGUGUUUGACCAUAUGGGAUAUUACUAUAUCAAUGAACAAUAAAAUUGUUAUAUGCUCUGCCCAGGRAAAAAACCGUGUCACAAUUCGAAUGGGUGUCUACCCAUUUGUUACCUUAUGGUCCCAGCUUUAAAAGCAGAUACUUAUUCGGGAUUUGAACAACUGAGUAAACGACACACGACCACAUUGCGACUCUCAUUACAGAAUCAUACUCGCUCUGCACGGGCCAGUUGUUUGUCUUACAUGUACACAUCGUUAUGGCAUGGGUGUGUUGUCGGACAAASUCACUUUCAAUAUUUGGGAUCAGUUUUUGCGAUUAGAUCAAGCAAUGAAAUAGUAUAGAAGUAGUUCUCAUAUUGAUUGGGUUUGUUGGUAGUUUCACUUCAAAUCAUGAGAACUGUAGUCCAUAUAGUUAGACUCUGAAUAUUAAUCUGUAAUCUUUAGCCGAKUUUCUUUCAAAUAUAGAACUUAAUCUAUACCACUUUCUAGUUGUCAAUUCAAGUAGUAAAUUUAGYUACAAAUUCAAAUAUUCAGUGUCGUGACAAACAUCUUCACCGCCAUUUGAUUAUGCAACCGUGGAAACCGAGUAGUCCGUUUUUUGUCAGUCACGACCACAACGGAAAGCGGCUGUCUAGUCUCAAGGACAGUUUUUAUUUUAGUCGCUAGAAACACAACAAAAAUCUGCAGAAAAAAAAUGAUGCUUUGGCCUUACAUCAWRGGAGCUUUUUUUCAACGUUCUCUCUUUGUUUUUUUGUUGUCGGACUAAAACAAGUGGGAAAAACUCAGCAAGAUSAAAUUUCUUAUUKUUAUCCAAKCCUUGUAUUCUUUCGUCGUUUUUGCAUGUAGUUUUGCUAUGGAAGUUGUAAAUUUCUUAGCAGAAAAAUUCUGCAUUUUACUUCCCACGAUCUUUGUGUUCAUCUUAUUGUUUACUUGGUUUAACCUCGCCGUUUUGUUGGUAGUAAAGCAUGCUCAACUCA